GGAGAAAAACCUCAUUUUGUACGCACAGCCUGUGGUUUCCCAUCAGUGUUUAACAGUUAUAUUCGUGAGCACACCAAGUUCCGUUCUCCACUUAACAUAUUAUCCUCAUCCACGCGAGUAUUCCGUAAUUCACUGCGCACGUAGGGAGGACGGUGUUUACAGAUAAAUAGAAAUAUGGCGUCGGAAAUUUCUGUAGCACUGACGAUGCUGGUACUUGUGAUGCAUGCGUUGACGGGAGCUGAAGCGACUGGGCAGGUCCAAAAUCUGACCGCCGUCAACGUGGAGGACGCCCCUGGCGACGUCUUGGUGACAUGGUUACCUCCGGAGGCUCCGGACAGCCCCGUCCAGUUCUACCGGGUCAGUUACGAGCUGUUUGACAUGGCUCAGUGUAGCUACAUCGUCGAGCUGACCCGGGUCGUUGCCGGGGAGAUGGUGACGGAGACCUCGUACACCAUCGGCGGACUGCUGCCGUAUUCCGGAUACCAGGUGAUCGUGGAGGCGUCAACGAGCACUGGUCUGCAAGAGGAGGCCAUUGUCUCGGUCUUUAUACCGGAGGCUGUUCCCACUGACCCACCGAGAGGUGUCCGGAAUCUGGGCAGCUCAUCAAGCACCAUUUUAGCCUUCACUUGGGACGACAUCGAGUGUUCCAUUGGUGCCAGGUCCAGUGCUUUCAGGGGGUUCUACUACGAGCUAACCAGUGUCGACCAGCCCACUAAUGCACCCAUUACCAAAUUAGUUCCCCAUGGACCUGCAUGGAUAUAUGACCUUUCAUCCUUCCACCUAUACUCGUUUCGAGUCGCGAUUCGAUCUCGGGCUGGAGACGGACCAUUCAGUGAACCGUUGGAGGUCAGAACAAAAGAAAACACCCCAACCAAACCUGCGGCAUUCCAAGUUAGCGAAACAACGGAGACAAGUGUGACCUGUUCAUGGGAAGAGCCUCUACAGCCAAAUGGUGUCAUCACUAACUACACGAUUACGCUGAGGCCAUCCGAUCGUCCGUACGACCCGUCCUUCACACCUCCGCUCUCGGCCACCGUUAUUCGCCAUCUUGAACCCGAUAUUUUCAUGACGAAGUUUGACGACCUCGAGCCCAGCUCCUUUUACGAGCUAUCCACCACGGCCUGGACAUCCACUGGUGCAGGAGGCAUAGCUAUAUUGAAUACCUUCACCAGGCCAAAGUCAGAUAUCCAAGGACCAUCUCUGCCAGUUGUUGACCCGUACACGUCCAAUGAAACGAGCGUUACCAUCACUCUGAAAGACCCGGAUGACCAUUAUGUGACGUCAUACUUAGUUGCCGUGGAGAGUGACGCGCCUCGGUCCAAAAGGUCACCGGUGGUGAUAGACGGCAAAGCCUUUCGGACCUACAGCGACAACCCGCACGCCUACAUUGCUGCCGAGAUACCCAAGGCAGAAAACACGAGCAGCGUGGUGGUGGGAGACGGGCAGACCUACGGCGACUACCUGAACGCGCCCCUGGCGAACGGAAGGCAGUACCGCAUCUGGAUUGGCUCCAAGAGCGCUAUCGACUGGCGAUCGUCUGUGAGUUGGAGUGCGACACUGAAGGUAACAGCUGGUGAUUAUGAAUUUCCUCCUACUGCUCCAAGCUCCACCCCUAGUAAGGGACACAGCGCCCACCAGCAAUGGAUUCUUGGGGCCGCGCCUUGGCUGUUCAUGCUGUGGUUGUGGCUUUACUAGCUGUUGUUGAUACAGUACAUGCGCAGGAGAGGUAAAAAUCUUGUGGCGAAUAUUCAUAGUCUGGUUCCCAGACCAAAAGAUUCUGACUAUUCCUGAUGAAUAGGUAGCCCCCGGUAAUACAUUGUAUUACAAUUUAUGUCACGUGACUAAAACGGGAGGAAUUCCUCCU